AUGGCCUGGUCCUCUAUCCUUCCGGAUCAUCUUAGCUCUUUCGAAACAUGGAUCGCCCGCCUUUUUAUUUUCUUCGGCGUUGUGACCAUCGGACCCUGGGCUGUCCUGAUCCUCUACGACCUCGCCCUGUACUUCUUCCGCACCGUAGCCUACGAGCUGCCCGUCUUCGGCGGACGUGCAAUGGGAAAGCGGCGACCGCGCGCUCCAAGCCUGACCGAACGCCCCGACGGCCAGCGUCGCCAAUUCAAUCCAAUGCUACACCCUGGCGAUGAGGCGAAUGCGCAUACAUCGGGAACAUCGCGAGCCGUCGACUCGGAUGCUUCAAUACAAUUCCGCAACACUGCGAAGGAGGAUAGUUGA